AUGGAGGCAGCAAAUGAAACAACAUACGCUUUAAUACCUAUAACACUUAUCGGCGCUACUUUAAACAUUUCAAUCGUGUAUGCUUUUCGGAAACUUCCAUCAUUGAAUAACUCUUUCGGAUACCUUUCCGCAAACCAAUCUCUCGUAGAUGCUUUUCAUUCCAUCAUUUUCUUAGUUUACUUCUGUCCAAUGGUUCUUUUGAAUCAACAAAUCAUGAAAGACUAUUCAUAUUUUAUGGGCUUCGGUCUUGUUUUCUGCUACGAAUUGUCUGUUCUCACUCAUUUAGUAAUCACCAUUAAUAGAUUUGUGGCGGUGUGGUUUCCAUUGAAGUAUAAAAUAUGGUUUAGUGUGGAAAACACCAAAAAGAUGAUUGCUCUAUUGUGAAUUUACGAGAGCAUAAUGGCAACGGUGUUUUAUCAAGUUCUCUGCCACGUGGCAUUCUUGGAAGAAAUACAUUUUAUUCAAUUCACAAAUACCGUGUUCUGUGGAUACAUUGGAUGGUAUGAAGACUUUGUGAAAAACGCCGUAAUUGUGAUUAUCAUUGUGCUUCUCGAUAUUUCAACCAUUUUUCGUGUUCACCAAGCAUCCAGAAAUUCGUCUGCGCAUCGUGGAGAAGAAGGGAAAAAGUUAUCGGCACGCGAUAUGCGAUUUCUUCAGCAAACUGUUUUUCAAGGAACUAUAUUUUUGGUGGAACUAUUGGCAUAUUUUUUCUUUCCAAGUUUUUUUGAAAACCCAUGGAUCAUCUUUUUCGCGACUUCGUUUGGAUGGGUAGCCGUUCAUGCGAUUGAUGGGAUGAUAGUGAUUGUAUGUAAUCCGGAAGUCAGAAAUUAUUUGAUUGGAAACAAGAAAGUGGGCAAUUCUCAGAGCGUGUCAAAAGCAACGGAUGAUGGGAAAUCUGAACCAGGGCGUCAAGCAUAG